UCCCUCUCUCCCCCCACACAGAAGGUGCAUGGCCCACACCUUGAAUCUAGUGGCCAAAGAUUCGGAAAAAGUAACUGAAAAACGCUACAAAACAAUGUCGAGGGCUGUUUUCGCAAAAGCAUCUGCUCUGUGGAACCUGGUUAAGCGUAGUACAAAGGCUUCUGAUGUUGUGGAGGAAAAGCUUGGGAUUGGCUUUGUUGUGCCAAAUGACACAAGAUGGAAUUCAGUAUUUCUUGCCAUAGAGCGACUAUCUCGCAUAGCAAAACUAACUUCCAAGGUAGAAAUGAAUGUGGCUGAGGUAACCCCUGAAAAUGAUGCCACUCCCCUACAUGAUGAGCUAAUUUUGCACACUGUGAGUGAUGAGUUUGGCUUUCGCCGAUUCUCUCCACAGGAAGUCAACUUCAUACACAAGUUUGUGGAUGUGAUGAGGCCAUUAGCACUUGCACUUAACAUCCUCCAAGCAGAGAAAAACAUCUUUCUUGGCUACCUGGCUCCAACCAUUGUGCAGCUGCAAUGUGAUAUGAAUGACCUGUUGGAUGAGAGCAAAAAGCCCACUGCAGCAGAUGGUCUCAUUACAUGCCGACCCCUCAUAAAGAGUAUCUUGGAGUCACUGAGCACAAGGCUGGCAGGUCUUCUGGAGAAGAGGGACCACAUACUCUCUGCUAUGCUGGUGCCAAGAUUCAAGCUAGACUGGGUCCACGAUGAGGAAAAAAGAAAGCAGUACAGAUUGAUGCUGAAAAGAGAAUUUCAAACCCUCAACUCUGAUGACUCAGCUGCAGGAGACUCAGGUCAAGCCCAGUCCAGUGGUAAAAGUGACAAGAAAGAUCCUGCAGCAUCAUUCUUCAGAUUUAACAAAAAUCCUGAGGCUUUAAAAAAAUCUGAAGUGGACACCUAUUUGGAUGCUCCAACCACAGAUGGGUUUGAUGAAUUCAUGCAGUUUCCAAAGCUCAGAAGGCUGUUCAUAAAACACAACACUGCCCUGCCCUCAAGCGCUCCAGUAGAGAGGCUCUUUAGCAUCGGUGGUCUAAUAUUCAGACCGAGGAGAAACCGCCUGGGAGAUGCCAACUUUGAGAAGCAGCUGAUCUUGAAUGCCAACAAAAAGAUUUGAAGGAAGAAAAAACAGCAGAUCUACCAGGGAGAGACCACUGUGACCGAGGAUCUUCAUUCAGAUAAGGGAUUUUUGGGCUGGACAGAAAAUAACACUGUCCUUGGCCCUGCAUACUUUUCAUUUAUUAGUAUUAUUUUAGUUAUUUAUGUGGACUGUAACCAGUGACAGAUAAUCAUUCAGUUAAGGUAUUUUCACUCACUGGACAGAAAGUAGAAGCACAGUCCAUGGCCUUGGAACCAGACUCUGAGUCUUUUAAGUUAUUUUUUUUUUUUAUUUUACUUAUUCAAUGGCCAAAAAAUUGAAAAGUGGCUUAAUAAUGUUGAAAUGUUUUGCACUUUGAAUAUUGCACUUUCAAGUUCAACCUUUAAUUCCUACCUCAGCCUGGUCCCUCAGUUUUUGUUAGUUAAAUGUUCUUGAGGGUUUUACUAUUUUUGUAACUUGUU